AUGGAGGGCAGCAUAAAGGAGCUAAGGCUAGGGAGGGAGCCUGAAGGGGCAGAGGACAGCCUGACCAACCUCCAGACACUGGCCCUGAAGUGGUUCAUGGAGACACAGGCCCCCCUCAUUCUGCAGAAUGGUGCGCUGCCCCCCUGGUUUCACGGAUUCAUCACCCGCAAGCAGACGGAGCAGCUGCUCAGGGACAAAGCUCUUGGCUCCUUCCUCAUCCGCCUCAGCGACCGGGCCACUGGCUACAUCCUGUCCUACAGGGGCAGUGACCGCUGCCGGCAUUUUGUCAUCAACCAGCUCCGAAACCGACGCUACCUCAUCUCAGGGGACACCCAGAGCCACAGCACCCUGGCUGAGCUCCUGCACCAUUACCAGGAGGUGCAGUUUGAGCCCUUCGGGGAGACCCUGGCUGCUGCCUGCCCACGGCUAGAGGACAAUGAUCUGUAUGAUGCCGUCACUGUGGGCCUCCACCAGACCAACCCAGGCCUGGAAAGUCAACCUGCCAUGGUGUCCCCAAUGGUUGCCCCAGACAAGGCCGCCAGCCACUGCCCUGCUCCAAAGCCCCAAGUUUCCUUCCUCCACACAAAGAAGACGCUUGCUUCAAGUCCCAGAAACCUCUCUGAGGAGGAAACCAAGGAGACCUCCAUCAGGGUGCCCCUGCAGCCUGAGAGAAGUACCUCCCUCCUGGACGAAGGAGAAGGCCCCAAUGACAUCAUCUAUGCAGACCUGAGGAAGAUGAACCAGGCCCAGCUAGGCCUGCGCACAGAGGUGUCUAGCAGGCAGGGGGCAGUUCUUGCUGGCCGCCAGACCUGCUCCCCAACCAGGGAGGACCUGGGGAGACUUUCAGAUGGAGGCCACAACAGGCCUGAUGGCCCUGGGCCUGCUCUUGCUGGGAUGAGCCCAGACCCAACAGUAUCUCCCACAUCCUGGGGGUUCCUCCUACCCCCAAGUUCUGAGGGCCUGGGAUCUCCAGCUGUGACCUGGAGCCAGGGCUCUCUAAUGCUGAACCACAAGGCUCAGCCCUGCUCCCAGAACAGCUCUGCAGACACCUAUGAGCUCACUGGGACAACAGGCCCCCUGCAGCAGACCAGGGAUGGGCCAAACGAAAAAGGUGAUACCUACGAGCAGAUCCCAGACUGCUGGGCUUACCCUGCCAGGCCCCCACAUCCUGGGGCCAGUCUCACCUACAGCAAGCUUUCAGGGCCCACAGAAUAUGGCUACGAGAGGAUCCCAGAGCCCGGGAACACCUAUGAGCAAAUUCCAGCAGUCAAGAGCAAGGAGACUGGACGGACACAUAAGCCUGACAAGCUCCGGAGGCUCUUCUUCACAGACAAGAAGCACAAAUUCUGA